GUCCAUCUAUAGGCUAAAUAUCUCGGUUCCCGGGUCCAUGUUAAUCCGGAUCGACGGACAUGUGAACCAUGUGAAAACGCUGCCGUCGCUCUCGGUCUCCAGAAUCUGUUCCACUGGACUGAAACGCGGCGUGUGUGCCCGUUGUCCUCUACGGCUCCGCCCGGCGUGCGGUGCAAGGCUGUGGAGUUUUCUCUGGGAUUUGUCCGACAGCGGCGGGAGAGGACCGGUCUUACCCCCCAGACAGGACAAAGGAAACGCGGAGAAAAAACAGAAACAAGGCAGAAGAAGUGGCGGAAUAAAAGAUGAAGAUGGAUAAAUAUACACGCACCCUGCUGCUGGGGGUUUUAAUGCUCGGCGUGUGCUCAGCCAGGGUGGUGAAGGUGUCUCCAGGUCCGCUGAUUCGGGUGCAGGGGCAGCCGGUCUCCAUCCGAUGUGACGUCGCCGAGUACAGCGGCCCUCGGGAGCAGGACUUUGAGUGGGUGAUGAAAAAGGAGGACGGCGCGGCGAUACAGGUCAUCUCCACCUUCGACAGCCGCUUCUCGCACGCGUCGCUAAGCAGCCGCGUGGCCGCCGGCGACAUCUCGGUGGCGCGGCUCGGCGACAGCGUGGUGGACCUGAGGAUAGAGGAGGUGAGGGCGACGGACAACGGCGUGUACACCUGCAAAACGCCGAGCACCGACUUCGUCAUCAGCGGCAACUACGAGGCCGAGGUCCAGCUCAUUGUAAUUCCCGACACCCUCAGAGUUUCCCCGCAGACGGCGACGCCCGUCAUCCCGGAGGGAAGUGACAUCGCGCUGUCCUGCAACGUCACCCGGCAGCUCACCCAUCCCACCUACCUGUCCGUCACCUGGGCGCUGAGGAAAGGAGCCUCGCCGGCGGAGGACAUCUUGACGUUCGGCCCUCAGGGGGGCGUGGUCAGCGGGCCCAGGUUCGCCCAGCGAUACGCCGACGGAGGGGUGCGACUGGUCCCCGGGGAGAACGGAGUGUUUGGAUUGGUGGUUUCCAGGGCGACGGCGGCCGACGCGGGCGUUUAUAUUUGCAUCGGAAGGGAAUGGACGCAUGAAGACGGAGGGAAAUGGAAGAAUAUCGUGGAGAAGAGAGGAGAGAUGGGAGAGGUUGCUGUCACUCCUACAGGCCAGUCCCUCAGUGUCAGCGCCUCCGCCUCGUCCACGCUCCUCUCCCCGGGCGACACGCUGAACCUCCUCUGCUCCGUCGACGCCGCCAACCUGCCCUCCCUCGCCCUGGAGGUCGCCUGGCUGGCCGACGGCCGCGACGUCAUCACCAUGGACCGGAGCGGCGUGGUGGCCUCCAACGCGUCCUCGCGCGGGGCGGCGGGGCUGGAGCGCACGGGCGCCGGCGAGUUCCGGCUGCUGGUGCGGGGCGUCGAGGGCGAGGACGGAGGGGUGUACACCUGCCGCGUCCGGGCCUUCAUCGAAAGAGGCGGGAGGAGAGGAGGAGGAGGGAGGUGGUACAUGGCGGCCGAGAAGACGUCCGACCCCGUGACGGUCAAGGUGGCGCAGAUCAAGCCGAGCUUCUCGUUGACCCUUGACCCCGUCCUGAACCCGCAGAUGACAGCUGAACCCACGGAGCUGGCGUGUCAUGUGUCCAACAUUACCCAUCUGCCCUUGGAGGGGCGACUGGGGGUGGCCUGGGAACAUACCUCACUACCUGGAAUAGGCGAUGACCCGCAGACCUCACAUCGCAUUGGCUCACUGGACAGCCAUGGCAACCUGUUGCCGGGGCCGGUGUACUCUGAUAGGCUGAACAGCGGCGUGAUGUCACUGACCCGCGUGCAGCCCAACACCUUCAAACUGCGAAUCCUCCGAACACAGGAGGUGGACAUGGGCCAGUACGUGUGCAGCGUGUCCGCCUGGAGCGUCAACCGGCAGGGCGACGCGGUGAAGACGGCCGAGUACCAGAGCUCGCCCCUGACCGUCCAGUGGAAUCCAAAACGUCCGUCUCUAAACGUUGUCUCCAAGCGUGUCCGCGAGGCCUCGGUGGGCGGGGCUACCUUCGAGAUGAGCUGCACCGUGGCCAGUCAGAACCUCGGGGAGGCGGGCUACUCCGUCCUCAUCCAAUCACAGGACAGCCUGGAGGGCACCGUCAGGACCAUCAUGACCCUCAGCCCGGACAACGUCCUGCAGCACGGGGGGGCCACAGACCCCAGCAGGAGAGACAGUCUGGUUCUGACCAAGUCCGGUCCGGCGGAGUUCCGGUUCCGGCUGGCCGGCGUCCAGCUGUCCGACAGAGGUUACUACUGGUGCGACAUCACCGCCUGGACCAAACAGCAGCCGGGACAGGCCUGGACCAAAGCCACGAGCGCCGAGUCCAACAAAGUCCGGAUCGACUUCCAGGAGAACGGCCCCACCUUCUCCAUCGCCAUCCAAUCAGACACCAGCAGCGUGUAUCCGUGGGAAACGGCCAAGAUGGAGUGCUCGCUCAGCGUCUCUGGAUCCUCACCAAAACCUGACGACCUGGCCUACGAGGUGCGUUGGUUUUUCACGCGGCUGCGCGGCGGCGACACGGUGACCCAGGUGGCCAGCGUCGACCGCUUCGGCGUCGUCAGGAAAGACGCCCGCAACUCGUCCAGCGACAUCUCGGUGGAGCGCAGAGACACGCACACCUACCUGCUGAACGUCCACGGCACUCAGGACAGUGACAGCGGCGAGUACCACUGCACUGCAACUCCCUGGUAUCUGUCAGCCUCGACAGGAGCCUGGACUCAGGCUGCAGAGCUGACUUCAUUACGAGUCUUCCUCACCGUCCGCUUCGCUGUGUGGGACUCCUUAAAGUUACCUCUCUUGUAUGGAGCAUCAGCCUCACUAGGUGUGGGCCUCUUCUCUCUGGUUCUGGGUUUAGUCUGCGCCCAGUGCUGCUGCCGCAACACCACACACACUCCACGCUCGCGCAAUAAACUCAUGGACCUGGAGAUGGACUGACAAACACUCCCCCCCCCACAGACACACUGCAGCGCCCACAGGAAACAGCCCGCACACACCAAACACACACUGGCAGACGAUUUCUGGGACACCCACUUGUUCCCGGCCGACGGACGGUGGGAGUGACCUCGCCGCCGUCGCGUCGCUGCGGAAACGGAAAGCCUGACCGACCGACCGACCGACCGCGGCGCUUCACGAGGUGCUCAGGACUUUCUAGCGCUGCAGCGGAGGAGCAGGGGGGGACUUUUAACGGGACAAGUCGGGACGAGAGCCGUUUGAGACUUCUGUGAAGAUCUGAUGAAAAUCUGUGGAGCUUCCAGGGACUCUACCGAGAAAUACGCCCCUUUAAAAGGAUGUGACACUGGGGACACAGAAAACCACAGCACUAUCAGAAACUACGAGUAAUCCCUAGUUUCUUUUUCUUUUCUUUUGUUUUUUGUUGAUUUCUUUCUGUGUGUGUGUGUGUGUGUGUGUGUGUGUGUGUGUGUGUGCGUGGGGGGGGCUCUUAACAGACCACUGCCACCGCAAAUAGUAACGGAAAUUAUGUGAAUAAUGGAUCGUUGAACUGAACUGCAAGGCGCUUUAGGACUGCUACUAACAAAUGAAGCGCUCAGGCUGGACUGGAUCACCCGGCCGCGAUGCUUUCUUUCUCUUUUUUCUUUUUUCUUUUUUUAACUUUCUUUCAAAGCCAACACUGCUUUCUCUGCAGCAGCCAUUCUGCAUCCCUGUAGUAAUUCAGCUGGAGGGGACACCAAAUGGCGCACGGAGAUGAGUUUCAAACCCAGUUCUGCUGCAGAAUCUGCUGAAUGGGCAGGAAUUUUCUUUUCAGGAACCACGGAAAAUCCCACGGGGGUGGCCCGGAGCGGACAAAGCGGCGGCUCAUUUUCCCACGUGUUUAUCGAAAAAUGACGUCUGCACUCGGUUAACAGCUCGAGACCCGCUUGGGCAAACGUCUCCAGUGUCAUAUCCCCCGAACCAACGAUAAGUAAGCGUGCUAUAAUACUGAGACACAUGGCCGACGUCUGCUUGAGUCAUUCGGGAAUGCUUCCUGAAUCCUGUUUUUUCUGGACGGAGGCCACGGAGGAACAGUGGAGCUCAUAUGGGCGACAGAAGACACCUAAAAAAAAAAAUAAUAAGAAUAAUAAUAAUAAUAAUAAAUCAAAGUGCUCCAUGUGCUUUCCACAUAAGAGGUAUUGCACUACAGCUGCCAACCCAGAGUAUUCCUACCUUGAAUGGACAAUAUUUACCUUUAUUCUCAACUCUAGUUUUUUGAAUAUGAGAGAUUUUGAAAUAUGAGAGACAUUUUUAAGCUUUACAAGGAGAUAUGCAGUUUGUGUGUGUGUGUGUGUGUGCGUGUGUGUGUGACAUGUGGUUGCCAAUAUGUGAACCGAGUGAGGCGUGCUUGGUUUAGAUUGCCACGUCAACACUUGAACAGCCUCAAAAGGUGGCAAAAAUCGAGCACUCAAGUGUGUGUGUGUGUGUGUGUGGUUUUUUUUUUUGGUUUUUUUUUUUAAUAUUCAAGAAAUGUACUCAGCUAAUAUUUUGCCCUGGAGUCUAGUGUGUGUUUUGUAUCGUGUGUGUGUGAUUCAUUAUGUGAGAGAGAAAAGAGUUGUGCGUGAUCGCUCCUCUUCCUGCAUGUACUGCUCUCUCUCACCGGGAUGAUGUCAUUCACGAGGGACCGAAAACCUCGUCCAGGGUCACCUUGGUGCAUCUUGAUGACGUCAGGAUUUUUUUUUUUUAAACCCCACCAUCACCCCCCACCAAUCUGCACGUCCUGAUUUUGGACCUCACAUCACUUAAAAUCACCAAUCCCCCUCAAUGUGCGUUCACACUGCAGGAAACCGGCCGAUUAUUCAGCUCCAAAUUCAUACGGAAGCCCAAAUCUGUUUUCUGGGGCUUGCCUUUUGAAGCGUUGGAUCGUCUUGAUGAGGUAACGCGUGCAGACCUAACUACAGAGUGCGAUGUAGGUAGCAUUAAUGAAAAUUAAACAGUAAAAACUCUAAAAAUGACGUUGGAGCUUCCCAAUGGCGCCAACAAUGGACACAGCUGUUCUCCAAUGCAUUUAUAGCUGUAAUCUUUCCAAAAAAAAACAAUAAUGCUGAGUGGCUCUAAUCACUUUCGAUCCAUUUUCAUACUUGGAAGGUGGCGUUAUUAUUCAUUAAACAAAAUUUCAUUAAUCGAGAAACAAGGAAGAAUCGAAAUCUCAUCGUGAAUUGUUGGGGGGGAAAUGGCUGCAAACAGUUCAGCCACGGCCGGACGUCGCCAAAGUGUCCUUGGUUGCUCUCCUGCUCAACAGCAAACGAAUACACUGGUGAGUCGGGUGGCUCGCAGUGUAAACGCACAGUCAGACUUCUUGCGGUGACGUACAAGCGGGGAAAGAUUUCUGUCCAAAACCCAACGGGACCUGGAGGGUCCGCGGUAACGUGGUCCAGGCGGUACUUUCCUUUUAAUUGCCCGGAAACUCAACUUUAAAAGGUUUUGUUCCCUUAUUUCUGGGUUCCAACCUGGCAUGUGUUCAUCCGUGGAGCUCUUUACUGGAUGGCAAAAAAAUUUUACCUUAUUCCAUCUGGCCCGAGCACCCAUCGCAGAGGGUUAAUUCCCUUUUAUUCAACUCGGAACACAGAGCCCAUAUCCAUAAAUAUCUCAGACUGAUGACACUCGGGGGAAUUUUCCGGGAGUUAUGCAGAUGGACCGCGCCUCCAGCAACAGGCAGCAAAGCGAAACACCGACAGAAAUCCAAUUGAAAUGUUGCCUUCCUGUGUGAUUAAAGCAGCAGUGCCAUCAGAGAUUCAGAGAACGUUUGCCUGGACGUGACAGCUUUUAGAAUAGCAUCACCGAUCGGGUGAUUUCAUAUCGUUAAUGUACCACAUCUCCAAAAAGUCGGCCCUUUUCUCCGUAAAAACUGGGGUUUUGAACAUUUUUGAGCCAAGGAUUCAAAAUUAAGGGGUCCAAAAUUAACUUUCUGGUGGAUCUGCCAUUGCAGGUAAACUGAGGUAAAAUUUACCAGCCAUAAAUGUUUGUUACCAGCCAUAAAAUUGCAUCAUCCAUGACUUAUGCAUGCUUUUUAGAUUCAUAUUUUGGUCAGGAUCUGCUGACCUCCAUGACUUUUCUCAAAAAACAUAGGCAGAUAUGGUGUAGAGAGCGCCAAAUAGCAGUGAGGAGCUUUGAUUUUGACUGGCUGACGUCACGAUCGGUACGGUGGGCAGUGAACGCCACAUUAGUCUCAGCCGGUUCACAUAAAAAACAUGCAUACCUGACUCUACAUCUGUGAUUCCCCAAUGUAUUUGCCCAAGAAACCCAGAAUUAACCCGCAUUUGGCUGGUAAAUGAGGUUAAUUUCGGACCCUGGUGAUGUUCCCGCAGGACAUCGGCGAUAUUCCCGAUCAGCCGUUCGCAAAUUAUUCACAGAUUUUGACUUGGAUGCUCACCUGUGUGUCAUGACGUCCCUCUGCUGCUAUUUUGUGUCCCUGCUUGUGAGCGUGUCGUCCAUUUUUGGGGGACACAAACUGGUCCAGCUGACAGGAAAUACACUGUGAGCAAUACUGUUGAGGUGUGUGUGUGUGUGUGUGUGUGUUGGCCCGCCGGAUGGUCGUGCACCACGUGACCCGGUGACCCGGCACUUCCAACAGAUCUCCAUGUAGAGACACUUGACAGGUGUGUGUUUCCGUUGUGUGUGUGUCUUAAAACACACGGACACGCACAUGCACAUGUUGGAGCAGUACUUGAGCACACGGGGGAAAAGUAGGGCUCUGCUGCCAAAUGCUCUUAACUCUACCACACACACACACACACACACGCACACACACACACCCGCACACACACACACACACACAAAGUAGCGUAGACACACACACACACCACUAAACAUCAAACCACUGCAAGCGUUCUGUUUCCUCAAUGUGUUUUUAUUUUGUCAUUUUAUUGUGACGAGUAUGAUGGAUUUUGAUGAUGUUUUUAAAUAAAUAGAUUUGUAAGAUUGUC